AUCAUCUCUUUCCCACCUUCUUCUUCUUCGCAUGUUGCCCCUCCGCUUGCUUCCUUUUCCUCUCUCGACGGAGCCACGUUCCGGCUCAACGGGAGAUGGCGGAGCCGCAUCUGCUUCGGCCGUGCGGCCAAUCGUCGAAGACGGGACGCCCCCGUGUGGGGGCCACAGAGAAAGAGGAAUGGGGCUAUGAUCGGGGCUCGGCGCGCUCUGUGGCUGCAAAGGCGGGGCUGAGCAACGACGUUCGGGCGGGCGGCAGAUUCGAGGGCGUGCUGGAGUUGAGGCGGAUGUGGGACUUCAAACAUGGUUGACAACACUGCCACCAAGACAAACCAAAACCACCACCACCAAGUUGGUGACACCUCCAAUGAAAUGCUUCCACAGAGUGACACCGAAUCUCAGAGUAAACACACAGCCACUAAUUUUGAUUCGGGGACAUUAAGGAUGGUUGACAAUGCUGCCAUCGAGAACAACAAAAACCACCACCACCAAGCUGGUGACAUCUCCAAUGAAAUACUUCCUCAGAGUGACUCUGGAUCUCAGAGUAAACACACACUUUCCAUUGCUUCGGAUUCGAUGGGUGAGAGUGCUGCUACCAAUAACGACCAUAACCACCAGCACCGCCGCCACCAAAUUGGUGACAUGUCCAUUGAAAUGCUUCCUCCGUGUGUCUCCAGACGCUCUGACGACGAAGGCAGCCGCAAAAGAACUGGGAACGUAUGGACGGCCAGUGCAAAUAUAAUAGUAGUGAUGGUAGGAACAGGAGUGCUUUCGCUGGCAUGGGACAUUGCUCAGCUGGGUUGGAUUGCGGGCCCUGCUGUGAUCCUAUUCUUCUCCCUUGUGGGCUACUACACCUCUCGCUUCCUCUCUGAUUGUUACCGCACCGGUGACCCUGACACCGGUGAUCGUAACUCCACUUAUAUGGACUCUGUUCACUCGAUUCUUGGUGGAGCCAAAGUAAAAGCAUGUGGUUUUCUUCAAUAUAUAACCCUAUUCGACGCCAUUAGCUGUAUCGUCGAAGCAUCUCUCUGCAUGAUGGCAAUAAAAUAUAUGAAUUGCUCCCACGAGAGUAACUGGGAGAACCGGUGCUACAUUUUAAGCAAUCCAUAUAUGAUCAUCAUCGCCGUCACAGAGAUUCUGCUGUCCCAGAUUCCAGAUUUCGAUCAAAUAUGGUGGAUUUCUGUUGUGGCUGCUGUCAUGUUCGUCACUUACUUUUUAAUUGGUCUUGGCCUAGGAAUUGCCCAAGUUGUAGAUACUGGAAGUUUCAAGGGUAGUUUUAAAGUAAUAAGCGUUGGAGAUGGGACUGAAACCCAAAAGGUAUGGAGGAUCCUCCGAGCUGUUAGAGGUAUCGCAAAUGCGUACUCAUUUUCUCAGAUCCUCAUUGAAACUCAGGACACCAUCGGAUCUCCGCCAUCAGAAGCAAAGACCAUGAAGAAGGCCAUUUCUCGGAGCACCGCAGUGAUGACGACUAUCUACAUGCUAUGUGGCUGCAUUGGGUAUGCUGCUUUCGGAGAGGCCACUCCAAUAAAUUUUCUGAUGGAAUUGGCUUUUUACAAGCCAUUCUGGCUUCUCGAUAUUUCCAACGCUGCUAUGGUGAUCAAUCUCGUUGGCUACCAAGUAAACAGCCAGCCGAUAUUUGCCUUCGUCGAAAAAUGGGCCGAUCAGAGAUGGCGUGGUAGUGAGCUCAUCGCUAAAGAGAUAAAGAUCCCGGUACCGGGCUUGGGCCAAUACAACAUGAAUCUCUUUAGGCUUGUUUGGAGGACGGUUUUCGUGAUCCUGACCACUGUGAUAUCGAUGCUAGUGCCGUUCGUCUUCAACGAAGUCGUGGAUAUCAUCAGCUUGGGAUUUUGGCCUUUAAUGGUCUAUUUUCCCGUCGAGAUGUAUAUUAGACAGAAACAAAUUCGCAGAUGGAGCACUAAAUGGGUAUACCUGCAAAUGCUGAGCAUGACCUGUCUUGUGAUAUCGAUCAUGGCAACUAUGGGUUCGAUCCCCCAACUUAAGGACGACCUUAAGGCUAAUCGGCCAUUCGGGAUGAGCUACUACUAAAAGUGCAUGGACCUUUGGUUGAUCGACCAUUUCGGAAGAAAAAAUUACUAUCAUGGAAGUUUCAAGUUUCAUUGUUUCGUAUGGAAUUACGAACUCUGUAUCUUCUAUCCACUGCAUAGGAAUAUUUGCUUUUUAUGCAAGUGAUGGUCGCACAUUGUCCUUUUGUUUUAAAAGAAAAAAAAUCUGAAAAUUUGGGUUUAAGUCACCACGUUCA